AUGUCAGCAGCCCCACCAGCCCCUAAACUCACCCUUGGUGAUAUCAACCCAUUGACCCUCCAGGCCAAGUACGCCGUUCGUGGGAAAGUUCCAACCCGUGCCGAAGAGCUCAAGAAGCAACUUGCUGCUGAUCCAACUUCGGUGCCUUUCAAAGCCAUCAUCAAUGCCAAUAUCGGGAACCCUCAACAAUUGGACCAGAAACCCCUUAGUUUCUACCGUCGUGUGACUUCCCUUAUCCAAAACCCUGAUCUUCUUGACAUUGAAGCGGUGGUCGCGGCUUAUCCUCCAGAUACUGUGGCCCGUGCCCGUAAAUUCUUGGCUAGUGCCAAAUCGGUUGGCGCUUAUUCCAACUCCCAAGGGGUGGAAUCCGCCAGAUCUAGCGUUGCUGAAUACAUUUCCAAAAGAGAUGGUUAUCCUGCCAGCAAGGACGAUAUCUUCUUGACCAACGGGGCUUCUGCUGCCGUCGAAUAUAUCCUUGAAACCUGCUUGUCCGGGGAAAAAUCCGGGGUGUUGAUUCCAAUUCCUCAAUACCCAUUAUACACCGCGUUGAUCAGUCUUUUAGGAGCUACUGCCAUGCCAUACUACCUUAAAGAACAAAGUGGGUGGUCGAUUGACGCUACCGAAGUCGAAAAAUCCGUGGUGGAAAAAUUGGCUAACGGUGUCAAGACCAAGAUCCUCGUGCUUAUUAACCCAGGUAACCCAACCGGGGCGAUCUUGAGCGAAGAAGCCAUUGGUGAAUUGUUGACCAUCGCCGCUAAAUACGGGAUCGUGGUGAUUGCCGACGAAGUGUACCAAGAAAAUGUUUACGAAGGGAAGUUUAUCAGUACCAGAAAAGUCCUUAAGAACUUGCAAGCCCAAGACCCAACUUUCUACGGUAAUGUCCAAUUAGCAUCAUUGCACUCGACUUCCAAGGGGGUUUCUGGGGAAUGUGGUCAAAGAGCAGGGUACAUGGAACUUAUUGGGUUCAGUGAUGAAGUCAGAGCCAUUUUCGUGAAAAUGGUCUCGAUUAACUUGUGUUCUGUGGUCACCGGGCAAGCAGUGAUGGAAAUGAUGGUCAACCCUCCAAGUGUUGGCGAUGCCAGUUACGAACUUGACCAACAACAACGUGGUGAUAUCUUCAAAGCUUUACAAGACAGAUCCAAGUACAUGACCGAUGCUUUCAACAAGAUGAACGGUAUUGAAUGUCAAAAGGCCGAAGGGGCCAUGUAUUUGUUCCCAAGAAUCCACUUGCCUGAGAAAUUCGUUGCCCAAGCUCAAGAAAAGGGGGUUCAACCAGAUGAAUUGUACUGUUUGGAACUAUUGGAAAACACCGGGAUCUGUACCGUGCCAGGUUCAGGGUUUGGUCAAGUUGAAGGAACUUACCACUGUAGAACCACUUUCUUGCCACCAGGGGUUGAAUGGAUCAAUGCUUGGGAAAAAUUCCAUAACGAAUUCAUGAGUGAAUAUCAAUGA